AUGGCACGAUGGAAUGGGCCCCGCACACGCAUCCAGCUGAAGCUGGCUAUCCAGCGCUCCCGCAUGCUGCAAGAGAAGAAGGAAGCAUUGGCAAAGAGAAGCCGUAUGGAGAUCGCGGAGCUGGUCGAACGAGGCAAAAUCGAGUCGGCUCGUGUCAAGACCGAGUCGUUGAUCAUGGACGAUGUGCAUGUGGAAUUGCUUGAAUUGCUUGAACUAUACUGCGAGACACUUUAUGCUCGAUUUGCACUGAUGGAGCUUAAAUCGUCGGGGCCUGACGAGGCCAUUCGCGAGCCAUUAGUGGCCCUCAUUCAUGCAGCGCAUCGCACCGAGUUGCAGGAGCUCCACGUACUCCAGGAUAUGCUGUGCGCUCGUUACGGCGCAGAUUUCUCGCAAGAGGCACUAGAGAAUCAAGACAAUUGUGUAUCAGAGCGCGUCACGCGAAAACUGGCUUUCCAUAUGCCUUCGUCCGAGCUGGUCGAUGCCUACUUAUCUGAGAUUUGUAAGACAUACAAGGUGCCCUUCCCCAGCAGUAUCGAUGCUACGGCUACAGACACUAGCGAGCCUGAGUUGCCCCCGGAGUCUGACCCCAUACCAGCGGCCGCCGCUGAGGCUCGACCACAGUCGGAAUGGGACCAUCUGAUGGCACGCUUUCAAGCGUUGAAGCGGCCGUGA